AUGGCUCAGCAAUCCACGGACUACGUGACGCUCGUCUCGAGCGACGGGUUCGAGUUCAAAUUGCAACGCUCAGCAGCCACCGUCAGCGGAGCGAUCAAGCGGAUGUUGGAUCCCAUCAGCAACUUUACCGAAGCCCAAACGAACACAUGUACCUUUGAGAACAUCAACGGCGUCGUGCUCGAGAAAGUCUGCGAAUACCUCUACUACAACGAGAAACACAAGAACAACAAGGACGUGCCGGACAUGGAUAUCCCGCCGGAGCUGUGUCUGGAGCUGCUGAUGGCGGCUGAUUUCCUGGACGGUGAGUCUUGUACCGCGGUAUGUUUGAUCUCAAAUGCUGAUACCGGGUUAGUAUGA